UUGUUUAUUGAUAGCAUAGAUAUUGGAUGAUGUGUAAUUUCAUAACCAUUUUCUUAACUUUUUCAUGAUUGUCAUUUAUUGAGGAUGGUAUCAAUUAUAAUUGGCGAUGGGGAUGAGUGCAAUGGAUAAAAUAUAAUGAUUCUCAUGGUCUGAUUGGUCUCUGUUGAAUGGGAAGACGGAGUCUGUUCGUAAAAACAUAAACUUCGAGUUGCAGAGAGUGAGCGAGCCCGAGAAAGAGAGAGAAAGAUGGAAGUAGGUUUUCUAGGUCUGGGGAUAAUGGGCAAAGCUAUGUCCUUGAAUCUGCUACGCCAUGGGUUCAAGGUCACUGUUUGGAACAGAACCCUCUCCAAGUGUGAUGAACUCGUCCAACAUGGUGCUUCAAUUGGAGAAACCCCCGCUGCUGUAGUUAAGAAAUGCAAGUAUACGAUUGCAAUCUUAUCUGAUCCUUCAGCUGCUCUCUCGGUGGUCUUUGACAAAGAUGGCGUUCUAGAGCAAAUUAACAAUGGAAAGGGUUACAUUGACAUGUCAACAGUUGAUGCCGAUACUUCUUUCAAAAUAUCUGAGGCCAUUACCUCAAGAGGAGGUCGCUUCCUUGAAGGUCCAGUUUCAGGUAGCAAGAAGCCUGCAGAAGAUGGCCAACUUGUAAUACUUGCUGCUGGGGACAAGGCAUUGUAUGAUGAAAUACUUCCAGCAUUUGAUGUAUUGGGCAAGAAGUCUUUCUUCCUAGGGGAGGUUGGAAACGGUGCAAAAAUGAAACUUGUCGUUAAUAUGACAAUGGGCAGUAUGAUGAAUGCUUUUGCCGAGGGACUCAUGCUAGCCGGAAGAAGUGGUUUAAAUCCUCAAACUCUUCUCGAUGUGCUGGAUCUUGGUGCGAUGACCAACCCCAUGUUUAGGUUAAAGGGACCAACAAUGCUCCAGAAUAAUUACAACCCGGCUUUUCCGCUAAAACAUCAGCAGAAGGACAUGAGAUUGGCUCUUGCCCUUGGAGAUGAAAAUGCUGUAUCAAUGCCUGUUGCAGCUGCCGCAAAUGAGGCCUUCAAGAAAGCAAGAAGCUUGGGUUUGGGAGACCUUGACUUUUCAGCCGUCUUUGAAACUCUGAAACCUCCUGGACCUUCUUCAUCUUGAUGUAAAAUCCAAGUCCAUUGCUAAUGCAUUUUCAAUAAUAAACAGUAAUUGAUUGAACCCCAGUUGUGAGGCAACAAGAAUAGAGUGGUUAUAUGUGAGAAAAACAUAAGGAAUUUAAGCAGAGACAAUGGUUACGGUUUUUAUAUGUUGACUCGGAGCAUUCUUAAUGAGCAUGGCUUCUCACUCUCUCUCACCUCAAAUCGCUAGAAAGGUGACUUU